AUGACGCCCGCGCGCGCGGUCGUCUACGCUCGGGCGAUCGCGUCGACGUCGACGUCCGCGUCGCGCGCGCGUGCGCGUCGCCCCGAGGCGCGCGCGAGGACGUGGACGUGGACGUGGACGUCCAACGCGGACGGGCCGCCGACGCGUUGGACGAGGUGCGCGCGCGCGCGUUCGAGCUCGUACGGCGAGGCGCGAGCGACGUGGUUCGAUGAAGAGGAAGACGUCGAACGGUACGAAGACGCGCGAGAGAGAGAAGACGCUCGAGGACGAGGAAGAAGAGAAAAACGUUGGGAAGAGGAUGAAGACGACGGCGACGGCGACGGCGUUCGGGCUCGACGCGGAUAUUCAGAGCGGAGACGCGGGAGUAAGCGAGGCGGGUCCGCGUACGACGCGAGUGCGAACGUGCUCAAGCUCGCGUACGACGCGCUCGUGGGAAUUUCCGAGGCUUUCACGCGAGCGCUCGACGUGUUGCUCCCAACGGCGGUACCGAUGUACGUCAUACGCGGACUCGUCGCGGGUGGCUGGUGCGCGUUCGCCGUGCUCUCGGCGUCGCGCCUUAUUUAUGGCGUUGUCGUCAUCGGCUCGGUUUUGUGCAUCGCGGUGGCGUUGGGAAAUUACCGCGACGGCGGCGGCGACAGAUCGCCUGGCUUGUACGAGUUCGCCAGCGAUUCAACGCGUCAGGGCCGGCGGCGACGCGAAGACUUCGAUGAACGACGAAGGGCUUCGGCUCGAGAACGAAAGCGCGAAGCGUCGAAGGAGCGAGAAGAGUACGAUUACUAUGAAGAGCAAUAUUGGGGCGAUGCGUCAAAUCCGACGUUUGAUAACGCGCGCGCCUUCGGCGAGACGUUCAAGACGGCUCAAGACGUCACCGAGGAGGUUCGUCAGUGGGGAGAGGAGACAAUUGACGAAUUUAAAAGGGCAUUCAAUGUGAACGCUGGUGAGGUUACUUUCGAUGAAGACGUCGCCGACGUCAUCUUCACGACAAACACGCGGAACGAUGACCACGCAGUCGUCGUUGAAGUCGACGAUUUGUCGCCGCGGGAGGGUGUGAACGUCGUGCAGAUCAUUGACGUCGACGCUCUAAACAAAGAUUCAACGACGAAUCAAACGGAAUCGAGCGCGCAGAGAUCGAGCGCGGCGGAAGUUUCGUUCGAAGAUUGGCUCGGAAAAGGCGCAUCCGACAUCGAAGACGCAGAUGUGUACACGACGAGCGACCGCCGAGAUCGCCCGACGUCCGACGAGCGAGACUCUGAAAGUGCGUCUCGAAGGGACGACGCGGACGCUUUCGGUGACGCGUUUCGGAAUGCGUUUGACGCAUUCGGGUCAUCGAAGAGCGAAAAUGGAAGAAAUGGAAGUGCGCGUAACUGGCUGAACGAGUUCGUGAGCGGGAACUUCUACGGCGCGUUUCAGGAUGAUUUGAUACCCGUCGAAUGGAAAGAUGAUGACGAUGAUGACGAAAACCCGGAUACUCCGCGAUGA